AUUAUUUGCGUUUGACAUUGAAAAUAGUUGCAUUUCCGCGGAAGUGAUUUUUAUUUAUUACAAUGUUCAGCGAAGGUUUGACUCAGUCGAUAUGUGGUUAACGUGGUGUUAUUCUUCGAUUCUAAUUUUUUUGAUUAAAUACGCAAUAUCUGACGAAGAGCCCAAUGUCAACACAAUAUCAUCAAAACUUCCCACUGAUUUUGGAUCUACGUCAGAGAAGGACAUUACGGAUUCAACGUCGACAGGAACGUAUCCAUUAGAGAGCGUAGAGAUUCUUUGUAUAUACAUACCUCCAGGCAUUGGGAAUGCUGUAAAAUUGGUUUGGGGACUGAAAUUAAACGAUUUAAAUCUUAAUGUAACAUACGGCGUGCACUAUGGUAAAGAUGAUGAAGAUUUUACAGAUCCAAAAAUACGGACAACAGACGAAAGUACUUUAAUCGAACACUUGGAAUUUUGUACAAGAUACAAAUUUGCUGUUAGCGUGGGCGAUGAACACAAAAUCAAUCCAAACAACAUCCGAACCGUUGUUACCUAUUUGGAUCGUAAGGCGCCGCCACAAAAUCUGCAGGUUGAUUUUGAACCAAGAGAUACGCCAUGUUUACUUAUCAAAUGGUCGGCGGCUUGUGUAAAUAUUGGACAAGCCAUUGGAUACGUUGUAUCCGUGUUCGAUCACGAGACAUCGCAUUAUACAAUUGUCACGUUGCCAGCAAGUCGUCGAGUGGAUUUUAUCCACCAUUUCAAAGCGUAUUACGGUGCAAAAUUUGAUAUCAAAGUAUCAACAAACUUUCCCGGCUCAAAAGCCACAGAAACUGUCACAUACAAAGUCCCUAACUUCCUCCAACCAUAUAAAGUGAGAAUCUCUUCGAACCAAAGUGCUGGAGCUUUCAUGAUCUAUUGGAAGGAGCCCUACGUACCUUAUUUUAUCGACAGACUUUACUACGAGGUGUACAUCUACAAGGGAUUUAACACCUCCAAAAAUUUCGAGAAAUUUUAUGUCACCAGACCAGUGUUCAUAUACAAAGGAAAUGAAUCUGAAUACACGUUUAGAGUAGGAUCAGUAUCAUACGACCAUGAAUAUCGAUCAAUGUUAACCAAUCCAAUUUUUGCUGACGUCUAUGGCGAAGUUCACGAAUUUGAAUCUUAAGAAUACAACUUAAUUCGAAACUCUGUAUUGUGAUAAUUUUUUUAAUAAAUCUUUAAAACCAG